GAUAUGUUAGAAGUGGCGUUUGAUUUGAUCGAUAAAGAGGUGCAUGUGGAUUGGCCAAUCCUGAAACGAGCUCUGGUGCAUUCGAUUUGGACACCCAAUAAGAAGUACACGAAAGAGGGUGAAGAUAUCGUUUGUGAAGAGUUGACUGAAGAGGAGCAAUCGCUUUAUGAUGGUUACGUAAUGAGCACGAGAAAACGUGAAUUUGAACGGUACGGUAUCGAGGUGAAUACAAACGCGGGUGCACCGAAUAAAGCCGUGGCAUUGGUACGACGUAUGCUGGGCGUUCAGUACGGAGUGAAGAAACGUAAGGUCGUCGCGAUACGGCAGUGGUGUGCAGUGGACGAUCUGAGACCGGUGUCGCUGAAUCUCGUCGUGCAGGUGAUUUAUAAGUAUUAA